AUACAAUGGAUCUUUCAGAUGCUCUGGGUGGGGAACCGGGCUGGCCAAGCCAGAACAACCAGCAGAGUAGUGGGGGCGUGUGGCCUAGUGGGCAACCCAACCAGCCAACAUGGCCAGGACAGCCUGGUGGUCAACCGGCUUGGCCUGGACAGCAGCAACCAGGCCAGCCUGGUGGUCAACCGGCUUGGCCUGGACAGCAGCAACCGGGCCAGCCCGCCCCCAUGUGGCCUGGACAACAACCAAACCCUUCCCAACCAUCAUGGCCCGGACAACCAGGUGGGGGACAGCCCAGCCAGCCGACAUGGCCAGGACAGAUUAGCCAACCUACUGCACCCGGAUGGCCAAGCCCAAGCCCCGGUCCAGGCCCUGCCCAACCAACUGCUCCACAACAUAGUUCACUGAAAGUGCCAUAUGACCUGAACCUGCCAAAUGGAUGCUACGACAAGAUGCUCAUUACAAUUCGUGGGACAGUUAACCAAAAUGCCAAAAUGUUCACCAUCAAUCUAACCAAAGGGAAUGACAUUGCCAUGCACCUCAACCCACGCUUUAAUGACCAGGGAAAGAAAACGAUUGUGCGGAACAGUCAGAUUGCCAAUACAUGGGGAAAAGAGGAGAGGGAGCACAAUCACUUCCCCUUCACUCAGGGCCAGCCCUUCGAGAUGAAGAUAAUGUGCACUAACAGUGAGUUCAAGGUGGCAGUGAACAGCUCACACAUCCUGGAGUUCAAACACCGCAUCCGUGAUAUCCAAUCCAUCAAACACCUGGUCAUCUAUAAUGAUGUCACCCUCACGUCUGUGGAGAUUGACAAACUAUAAGAUCUAGCAGGGUUGGUUUCAGCCAUAGAAAUAGAAUGACCAGAUUAGCCAAAGUCCCACAGGCUCUAUUUUUAUGGUUCCAGUGACCUUCCAUCAUUGGCUUUCAACAGAAACAUACAGUAGCGUGAGUCUCAAGCUUUAACCCAGUAGUACGACCAUCAUAUUCUGUACUUAUACUAAGCUGGUAUAUUCUCUGUGGAAAAAUAUAUUUUCUUAGUCUUUAAUAAGAGAAAGUCAACAACUUAACUUACAAAUUCAUUGGUUUUAAGUCUGAAUAGGUACAUAUAUUUUAAUGUAAACCACCUAUAUCCAAUAAAAAUCCAAUGUUAUACUCACA